CGCGGAGCACCGCCCCCCUUCCCUCCUCUACCGCCGACGCCAUGAUGCUGCUGGGCCGCGGGCUGGACGCCAGGGACAAUCAGACUAGACAAAUCCAAGAUGCUGUUUCAAAUGUGGAAAAACAUUUUGGUGAAUUGUGCCAGAUAUUUGCUGGAUAUGUACGUAAAACUGCCAGACUACGUGACAAAGCAGAUCUUCUUGUAAAUGAAAUAUAUGCAUAUGCAGCCACAGAGACACCAAACUUAAAAGUUGGACUGAAAAACUUUGCAGAUGAAUUUUCCAGACUUCAGGAUUAUCGCCAAGCAGAGGUUGACAGGCUUGAGGCCAAGGUUAUUGAACCACUGAAAAGUUAUGGGACCAUCGUGAAACUUAAAAGGGAUGAUCUUAAAGCAACUUUAACAGCAAAGAAUCGAGAAGCCAAGCAACUAACCCAGCUGGAAAAGACACGCCAGCGGAAUCCAUCAGAUCGACACAUUAUUUCACAGGCUGAAAGUGAAUUGCAGAGAGCUUCACUGGAUGCAACUCGAACAACUCGGCAAUUAGAGGAAACCAUUGAUAAUUUUGAGAAACAGAAAAUAAAGGACAUAAAAAACAUAUUUUCUGAAUUUAUAACCAUUGAAAUGUUAUUCCAUGGGAAAGCUUUAGAGAUAUACACUGCUGCCUACCAAAAUAUCCAAAAUAUUGAUGAAAAUGAAGAUUUAGAGGUUUUUCGAAGCUCACUUUAUCCACCAGAUUAUCAGUCUCGCUUAGACAUAGUUCGUGCCAAUUCAAAGUCCCCUCUGCAAAGAUCUGGCUCCUUAAAAUCUUCAUUGAGGACAGUACAGAUAUCCAGCAGUAUGCUAGGAAAAGAUGAAGAAGAAGAGGAAGAAGAAGAGGAAGAUGAAGAUGAGGAAGAGGAGGAGGAAUUAGUAGCUAGUAAGGAAGUGAGAUAACAAAACUGUUCUGGAUAUCUUUAACUGGAAAAAAAGUUCCCUUUAAAGCCUUAUGUGUGUUAACCAAAACUUCACUGAGGCUGUAAUAGGAGCAAGAAUCUGCACUAACACUAGAGUGCCAAAAACAAAUGUUUCAUAGAAUGGUAUAUGAACUGCUGAAAACAGACAAUUUGAGUAUCUAGAAAAUGAAAGAUAUAAAUAGAAUCCUGUAUUAUAUUUGCAUAGAUGUUAUAUUGCAGUCACAUUUGCUUAAACUUGCUUGUAGAACAGUGUCCAACACUGCACUAAGCUGAAGUGCAGUAAUGAACAUAAGGGUUUGCUUGUUACUUUGCCAAUAUAUUAUUACCUUAUUCUCUUGAUGCAUACCUCUUGGAUUUACCAAGUCCUCUAGCUAUACCCCCUGUAAUUGGGUUUGUGCAUCCUCCAGUAGCUGUAGAACUGAAACUGAUCACAGCAACAAACCUGUUACCUUUCAUUACCCACCUUUGAUGGCAGAAGGCAGAAUGAGGCAUGUUGUUUUCUCAUUCUCAUUUUCCCCCAGCUUGACUAAAAUGAUUUUUUUAUUCUUUACACAUACAGAAUGAACAUUAACAAGUAAAACCUAGCCAGGUAUCUACUUUUAAUGCUGCUUUGCUUUUAAAUAAAAGUGCCUUCAUAAUAAAACUAGUUGGUAUUU